ACCCACCCAAAAAAAAGUAGUGCCACCCAACGCAGAAGCCAAACUUCCCCAAUCUCCGCGCCGCCGCCGUUCCCGUCGUCGUCCGCCGUCCCGGUCGCACCCUCGCCGUCGCCCACCGACCCCGACCUUCCUCGUCACUACCGGUCCACCGGGGGCGGCGCCAUGUCCCAGAACAACCCCUCCCAGCUCCUCCCCUCAGAGCUGAUCGACCGCUGCAUCGGGUCCAAGAUCUGGGUGAUCAUGAAGGGGGACAAGGAGCUCGUCGGCACCCUCUGCGGCUUCGACGUCUACGUCAACAUGGUGCUGGAGGACGUCACCGAGUAUGAAUACACGGCUGAAGGGCGUCGCAUUACAAAACUUGACCAGAUACUGCUGAACGGCAACAACAUAGCCAUUUUGGUUCCUGGUGGUUCACCACCCGAUGUGUAAUGAGCUUGUGCUUCCCAGUGACGAUUUGAGGCGAAGGCAGCUUGGUGAACUCUGCACCUUAUGUUGGUCAGAAGCAUUGAAUGUUUUCUCACCUCAAAUGUGUCUCUCCUGUUCGUGAUUGUACCGAAAUUCGUUAGCAAGUCUGUCAACUUGGAAGCUCUCUCCUGUAUUGAACUUACUGACCUCUCGGUAGAGGGACUUGCAUAUGCUUAUAUGAUUGGCUAUGCUGAUUCCGAUGCUCAUCAUCAUCGUGAAUCCGAGUUAUGGAUUAAAUCCCUAGAUUGCUGAAGCCUGGCAAAUUGAAGUUUUAUCGGCAAUAGUUACAUUUGUAUGUGAAUCCGAGUUAUGGAUUAAAUCCCUAGAUUGCUGAA